AUGGAACAACGAGACAAAGUCCACGAGGCACUCGGACCUACUGCUCGCAUUCUUUUUGUUCGCGGCCGAGGGCUGUUUGCCCUUGGCGAGUCAGUCGAGGAAACUUGGCAUUACGCUACUAACGCUGUGGUUGCUUGUGAGACUCAAUUGCUGCUUGCCUCAUUAGGUUCCGACAGUUUAGUCUUGCCAGCUGAGCGAAUUCGCCAACGAUCAUACGAUACGUGGCGUUCAGCUGGUCUUGGAGGAAUUUCUGGUCCUGAAGCUGCUCUCGCCAUUCGUCUUUCCUCUAUAAAAAAGGAUGCAACCCUUGGUAGCCGACCAGAGAGUCCAAAAAGUGUUGAUGAAAUCCCUGGCAGACCAUGGCGCCUCGGUGAACUCGAGUUCGAAGCUAUGAUGCGGCAUCUGGACAAUGCUGGCUAUCGUACAGGCCAUCUUUACAGACAGGAGAGUAUGAUCCAUGCAAACAAGUCAACUACGUUGCCGCGAGUUGGGGACCCAGCUUUUUCAGGUACGCCUCGUGAUUUAGGUGUUGAAAUCCCUCCCGUCACUUCAUCGGUGGCUGCCACAAUGGCACACUACUUUAGUGGAGAUGAAACUGCCCUUUCUGGUGACGAGUCAGAUGCUACGGCUCUUAAACCCGGGUAA